AUGUGGACAACUGUACUGCUAGCUUCCAUCGUGAUGAUUUCGCUGUCAACCUUCACAUUGUGCGAUGAAGAGGAUGAGGAGGAAUGGCAAUGCGGUGCUGAUACUGUUGGCAGGUUUUUGAGCGAAAACCAGAUCGAUUUAGAUUGUCCACGAUUGAAGAAAAGAAUUAAUCACUGCUGCAUACAACACGAUGAUUGCUACACCGCCCAAUCAGGACGGAAGUACUGCGACGAUAAAUUCUGCAGAUGUCUUACGAUUGUCACACGAGGAUCCGGUGUUUGUGCUAGUGAAGAUGGUCCGUUAUUUUGUCGUCUUGUUCGUGAGUUUGGCGAACUACCCUAUUUACGAUCGGCUCCAAAUACGACGAUGACACAAACUCCGGUAUCUGCAUGUUAUUUGCGAUGUCGUUCUUUUGUGGUCAAAGCAGUACCAUAG